AUGCCCAGUCUUGAUGAUCUAAUUUGGCGACAAAUGUAUCGCCGUGACGAACGAUACGCUGCUAAACAAGAUUCGUCCGACCUGAAAUAUCUUCCUAUACUAAGUUGCAGAAGCUUCAAGGGACUGUCCUCUCAGUUCUAUUUUGGCGAAGGCUCUUUCAAUAGGCGUCAGGCCUUGAUCCUUUCAGAGAUUGAAGGCAUUACUCUGCGCGAGCUCGCGAAACAAGUCGAAUCAAAUAUCGAAGAGGAGACUUUGGAGUUAUCUCUUGAGAAUGCUUUCGGGGAGUCUUACAAGCUCGGAGCUGAGCAUUAUGACCUGAACCUAGACAGCAAGCUUGGGAACUCAGCCUCAGUAUGGGCUGUGCGUACUAUCUGA